ACUCCACAACUGAGCCUUCAAGUGAAGUAGCCAGAGGCCAGAAGAGGAUUUAGUGUCUGAGAGGCGGCGGCCAUGGCCCAGCACUUUAAGGAAGCCGCCCGCUGCCCCGUCUGCCUCACGUACUUUGAGGACCCCGUGAACCUCAAAUGCGGCUACAUCUGCUGCCGCCGGUGCCUGCGCGCCCUGCCCAAGGAGCCGGGCGGCCAGGGGGUGCAGUGCUUCAACUGCUCCAAAGUUUCUCAGACGGCCGACAUCAAGCCCAACAGAGUGCUGUGCAGUCUGGCGGCCAAGGCCAAGGCGAUGGAGCCCCAGCUGACAUCCGUCUUGCAGAUGGACCCCAAGAUUCGCAAGUUCCACGUGGACAUGACCUUGGACGUGGACACCGCCCACAACUACCUCACCAUCUCCGAGGACCUGCAGCGGGUCCGCAUCGGGGAUCUCCCACAGGGGCGCCGAGCCCACCCUGGGAGAUUCAACGACUCCCCCUGUGUCCUGGGCUCUCCCCGCUUCACCUCCGGUCGCCACUACUGGGAGGUGGACGUGGGGCGCAGCCGGCAGUGGAACCUGGGCCUCUGCCGGGAGUCGGCUCCCCGGCAGGGCGAGGUGGUUCUGUCCGCGGAGCUCGGCUUCUGGACCGUGAGCUGCAAGGACGGGAACCAGUUCAUCGCCGGCACCGAGCCCGCCUUGGGGCUCACGGUCCAGCCCCGCCUGCGCCGCCUGGGCCUCUUCCUGGACGUGGAGAUGGGGACCUUCUCCUUCUACCACAUGGCCGAUGGGUCUCACGUGUUCACGUUCCCCGCCAUUUCGGCCGAGGAGCCCCUGCGCCCCUUUUUCGGGCCUGCGGAUUGCACAGGGGAUGAUGAGAGCUGGCUGGCCCUCUGUCCCUGAGUCCCGGGGGGGGGGGGGGGGGGGGGGGCGGUCCGGGGACACGGACACGGGCUACCUGCGCGCUCACCCGCUCACCGCGACCGGCGUGCCUGCCUGUGACCCGUGCGCCACGAGUUGCAGCAGAAAACCGUGGCGAGUCCCUGAAGGCCGAGCGGAAAUGAGUCUCCCGGUGCGGUGCGGUUUCGGUGGUGCCGUUUGGGACUGCUAUCUGAUUAGCUAAUAAACUUGUUCUGAACUUGCAGAUCCAGGGCCAAACGCUUCGCUUUUUUCUUUGAAGUUGGUAUGAAGAGGAGGUUAGAGACGAAAUAAAAUGCUAGAUGUGGCCCAACGGGCUCAUGG